AUGAACGCCUCGCUGGGGAAUCAGACCGAGGUGGCGGCGCUCUUCCUGGCCAACAGCAGCGACUCCCUGGAGCGGGUGCUGCGCUCCUUCACGCCCAGCUCGGUGGUGACCGACGACGGCUUCGUGGUGACCGCCCCGGACGAGCGCAGCCUGUACAUCAUGCGGGUGGUGCAGAUCGCCGUCAUGUGCGUCCUCUCGCUCACCGUCGUCUUCGGCAUCUUCUUCCUGGGCUGCAACCUGCUCAUCAAGUCCGAAGGCAUGAUCAACUUUUUGGUGAAGGACCGCAGGCCGUCCAAAGAGGUGGAGGCGGUGGUGGUGGGACCUUACUGA